AAAUCAAAGACAUAUUAUAAAUAUUUAUUGUUAAUCUGUGCAAUUAAAAGGUCUCGCUACGAGAAUGGUUCUUGGCUGUGAAAUUGACUUUAAAGACAAUCCGUUUGGCAUCUACUAUGCGGGUCAAGUGAUUUCGGGCAGUGUAUCAUUGAAUGCCGAUAAAGAAAAGCUAGUCAAGUCUAUAAUUCUAAAGAUAAGAGGCUUUGCCAUGACAUAUUGGACAGAAGAUGAAACCGAUGUGGAAAAUAAGGGCACAGAAGAAAGUUAUAGUGGACACGAGGACUAUAUUCAUUCGAAGGUGGAUCUUUUGGUGGCUGAGGGAACAGAUGUUGCUCUUAAGCCUGGCGCCCAUGUCUAUCAUUUUGUCUGCCAAAUACCCGCUGUAUGCCCCUCGUCCUUUGAGGGCACUCACGGUCGUGUGCGCUAUACAGUUACUGUCAAGGUCAUUAGGCCCUGGAAGUUCGAUCUGACCUACUCGCGUCCGUUUACCGUGCUGAAAGUUAUGGAUCUUAACAGGGAAGGUCUUUUCCUUAAUACACCUGCCCAGUCGGAGGAUCAGAAGACCUAUAACUGCUGGCCCUGCCGCUCGCAGCCGUUGCGGCUGCAAUUGUCGCUGCCGCAGCGCGGCUUCGUGCCUGGCCAGACUAUACCUGUGGCCGUGUUGAUCACGAACGACAGUCACAUAGGCGUGGAGCAGAUCGAGGCCAGUUUGGUGAUGAUGGUGCUCUACUACAGCCAGCACAGUGUGGAUACGAUCAGCGAGCGAUUCGUGGUCAGCAAGAAGCAGGGCGAGGGCGUCACCAGAAACAGCAAGAAGCAGUACGUCUUUGAGCUGCCCGUGCCUGCAACGCCGCCCACCUGCUUCGACUUGUGUCGCAUCAUACAGAUUGCCUAUCAGGUGGUAGUCGAGACAAAGGUCAAGGGCUGGCACAUCAACGAGCGCGUGCACCUGCCCGUGACCAUUGGCAAUGUGCCAUUGAACAAGCAACUGACCCAACAGCCUCGCUCUAUCCCAGUGGAAGUGGAAGUUGUCGCCCAGCAGCUGGACGAGAAGGCGCUGGUGCUGGUGGAUGAUGCGGCAGCUGCUGCAAUGCCAGCCCCUGUCAAUCCCUGGGCAGCCGAUGCUACUAUAGGUCCGCCCAGCUACGCAGAGGCGGUGCACAUACGCGCUGGACCCAUUAAGUCCACUGUUAAGCCCCCAGCCAAUCGAUCGAGAAAGAGCCAAGAGUUCAGUCCCUCGACAACGCAGACCAAAGAAAACUGCGCCUUUACCCCGCUCUAUGCUGUAUUCCACAUAAACAGCGAGACUGCCAAACUGCAAGACAUCGAUCGCAGCACCUGGAUCUGAGUAUGUUAGAACUGUUUAGUCGACAACUAUUUGAAUGGUAAAUAAA